CAGUCGUCCUCGUUUCUCGUACCCCUGUAAAGUUAACCACUGUCACAGAGAGAGACAGUGAGAGAGUCCCAGAAAACUGUUGGAAGAGAAUACAAGGGCCCGAAACGACGUCGUCCCCAUGGGCUGCUGAUUCUUCUCAGUCUUUCCCAACAAGUAACAAGGAAGUCACAAAUCCCCGCAAAUAAAAGCAGAGAGAUAAAAAGAGAAAGUGAAAGAAAGCGAGGAAAAAAGGAAAGAGAAGGGCUUUUUGGGGAAGAAGGUGUUAUUUCUCGCAUUUAUCAAAGAGAGGUUUUUGUGUCUCUCUGUCUCUUUCGACAUUUUCAGGUUUAAUGAAAUUGCCAAGAGACUCAGUUUCUCAGUGCUCUAAAUCUUAAUCUUAAUUAGUUUAGUGUUAAUUAAGUGGGUGUGGCGCUAAGCUUAACCAAAAGGGCUCAAAGCCUCAUGAAAAUGUUUUCUUGCCUCUUUCUUUCUUAGGGUUCCUUCCUUCUUACUCCCUCUGUCUUUCUCUCUCUUCUUUUUGUUUCGGGUGGGCCGUACUGCUACUUCUAGGGUUUUGAAGCUGAAACAAAAAUAGUAAAAAAGGAAAAAUAAAAAAAAGAGAUUGGAGGCUCUGUAGCUUUGAGAGUGGGGGGUUGAAAUCCAUGCAGCUGGAGCUGAAUCAGCUGAUGAUAUAGAUGCUGGGGUUUGUUUGGAUGUGAUUUCUACUGGGUUUCCUUAAUCGUGGGUUUUGGUAGAUUGGAGCGAAAUCUAAAAUGUGCAAGAUCUUGAUGAAUGAGGUUAAGUGCUUAGAAUCAGCGAAGAUGGAGCAUUGUCUUAGUGCUAAUUGAUAUUUCUUGGCAAGUUGGAAGAGAAAUCGCGCUCUUAAACAUGCAUUUCACAAAGCUCGAUGACUCUCCUAUGUUCCGCAAGCAGAUACUGUGCAUGGAGGAAAAUGCUGAAUCAUUGAGGGAGAGAAGUUUAAGGUUUUACAAAGGAUGCCGAAAAUACACUGAAGGACUUGGGGAAGCAUAUGAUGGGGACAUUGCUUUUGCUAGUGCCCUAGAAACUUUUGGCGGGGGGCAUAAUGAUCCAAUUAGUGUGGCUUUUGGAGGCCCUGUUAUGACCAAAUUUACGAUAGCACUGAGAGAAAUUGGGACAUACAAGGAAGUUCUUCGAUCUCAGGUUGAGCAUAUGCUAAAUGACAGACUGUUACAAUUUGUGAAUAUUGAUUUGCAUGAGGUCAAGGAGGCGCGGAAGCGUUUUGACAAGGCUAGCCUUAUUUAUGACCAGGCUCGCGAGAAAUUUCUCUCAUUGAGAAAAGGCACAAAGAAUGAUGUAGCUUCCAUGCUAGAGGAGGAACUUCAUAAUGCAAGGUCUACAUUUGAGCAAGCUCGUUUUAGUCUGGUGACUGCUCUUUCUAAUGUUGAAGCAAAAAAGAGGUUUGAAUUUCUGGAAGCGGUCAGUGGAACAAUGGAUGCACAUCUUCGUUACUUCAAACAGGGUUAUGAGUUGUUGCAUCAAAUGGAGCCAUAUAUUAAUCAGGUCUUGACUUAUGCUCAACAAUCAAGAGAAAGAUCCAACUAUGAACAGGCAGCUCUUAACGAAAGGAUGCAAGAAUACAAAAGACAGGUUGAUCGAGAGAGUAGGUGGUCUUCCAAUGGUUCUAAUGGAUCUCCUAAUGGAGACGGGAUACAAGCCAUUGGUAGAAGUUCACAUAAAAUGAUAGAGGCCGUUAUGCAGUCUGCUGCAAAGGGAAAGGUUCAAACCAUUAGGCAAGGUUAUCUCUCAAAACGUUCCUCGAACUUGAGGGGUGACUGGAAAAGAAGGUUUUUUGUUCUUGAUAGCCGAGGAAUGCUGUAUUACUAUCGAAAACAAUGCAGUAAACCAUCUGGGUCUGGUAGCCAACUUUCUGGUCAGAGGAAUAGUUCUGAGCUUGGUUCUGGACUUCUGAGUCGGUGGCUUUCUUCUCAUUAUCAUGGUGGAGUGCACGAUGAGAAAUCUGUUGCUCAUCACACAGUGAAUCUGCUUACAUCAACUAUCAAAGUUGAUGCUGACCAGUCAGAUCUGAGGUUUUGUUUCAGGAUCAUUUCACCGACAAAGAACUAUACUUUGCAGGCAGAGAGUGCACUUGAUCAAAUGGAUUGGAUUGAGAAGAUAACAGGGGUUAUUGCUUCAUUACUUAGCUCUCAGGCUCCUGAGAGGUUUCUGCCUGCUAGUCCCAUGGGAAGCCAUCGUCGUUCAGCAAGUGAGAGUAGUUCAUUUGAGAGUUCUGAUUUUGAUCACACUGGAGUCGAAGAACUUGCAUCUGAGAGGAGUCUUCCUACUGCACAUUCUGACCGCCCAUUGAGAAGCUCACAACAGCAACGAUCUUCUUUAAAAAGUGAAAAGACAAUCGACAUGCUACGACGAGUAUGUGGGAAUGAUAAGUGUGCUGAUUGUAGUGCCCCAGAGCCAGAUUGGGCAUCAUUAAAUCUUGGUGUUCUCGUUUGCAUAGAAUGUUCUGGUGUUCAUCGUAAUCUUGGUGUACAUAUCUCAAAGGUAAGGUCUCUUACACUGGAUGUCAAAGCGUGGGAGCCUUCUGUUAUAAAUUUGUUUCAGUCUUUGGGUAAUGCCUUUGCCAACUCUGUCUGGGAGGAACUUUUGCAAUCAAGAAAUGCGUUUCAGGUUGAUCUUAUAUCCACAGGGUCAUACAAGUCUGAUAAAAAACAGCUAGUUUUUAUCAGCAAACCCAGUCAGAGUGAUUCUAUACCAGUUAAGGAGAAAUUCAUUCAUGCAAAGUAUGCAGAAAAGCUUUUUGUUCGGAAGCCAAAAGAUGCACAAUAUACUCAUUUGAUAGCACAACAGAUUUGGGAGGGUGUUCGUGCUAAUGACAAGAAAGCUGUAUAUCGUCACAUCGUUAAUUCUGAACCAGAUUUGAAUGCGGUGUAUGAGCAAGCAUCAUGUGCCUCUUCAUUAACCCUUGCGAAAGUAAUGCUGAUGCAUGAGCAGACUGGCCAUGACCAAACCUCUAGCUGCUUAGCUGGGGAUUCAUUGGACAGGUCGUCUCCUAGCUCUUCAAACUUGAGUGGUACAAGUGAAGGCCAUGCUGUGGAAGAUCUAGAUGGGUGCACUCUUCUUCACCUUGCUUGUGAAACUGCAGACAUUGGAAUGCUUGAACUCCUCUUACAGUAUGGAGCAAAUGUGAAUGCAACUGAUUCAAGAGGUCAAACACCACUUGACCGUUGUAUUCUUAGAGGCAGAAACACAUUCGCAAAGUUGCUUCUUUCAAGGGGAGCUGAUCCACGAGCAUUAAAUGGGGAUGGUAAAACGCCCCUUGAGCUGGCAGUCGAGUCAAACUUUGAUGAUGGUGAGGUCCUUGCUAUAUUAUCGGAGUCCAAUGGAUGAAACUAUCGAAUUAGCAACCAUCCGAAGACAACGGCAUGGAUGCUGGAUAAUUUUCGUUAAAAGAAACAAAAGGUAUCGCAUUUGUAUAAUUAUAGUUCAUAAAUUUGAAAGCUUGUUCUCCUUUGAAUGAAAUGGCACAAAGUGUUUUGCGGGUUUCAAGAGUGGUAGAAUCGCCUGCCUGCCCCAUGGGGGCACCGUUGCAAAAUGUCGUCCAAGGUUGUAAUUUAAAAUGGCUCCCGUGGUCUGUGAGCCGAAAGGCAUCUGGGAGCUUUCAGCGAAGGGCUCUGUAAUGUGUUGUCUCUUGUUUAUUCAGUUUUCUGCUUCCUUUUGGGUGAAGCUGUGAGGAUUUAGUUUAGGCCAUUGUGUAUUUGUACAUUGAUUUCUUUUAGUGAAGCUUUUGGUUGUUGUAA